AUGAGCAUGACAACAACAUCAUUAUCUCGGAACCAACUAUCCUUAAUUUUUAGAAAGCCAGUUAUAGUUAUUGGAUUCUAUCAAAUUGGUUAUUUAUUUACAUUUUUACUUGGGUUUCCUGGUAAUCUAGCUAGUUUAGUUACAUUUUCACAACCAACAUUACGAAAAAUAUCAACUGGUUGUUUGUUUAUUACUUUGGCUGUUUCGGAUACAUUAUAUUUACUUAUGUGUAUCUUUGAUUUUCUAGAAUUCGGUUUACAAAUUCGUUUCUAUCGUUAUGUUGCAUACAAUGAACUUUGUCGAUUUCGUUCAUUUGUAAUGAACGUUGCUCAAGUUUUAUCAGCAUGGAUAUUAGUAAUAGUUUCAAUUGAUCGAUGGAUUCGAACACGAUUUCCAUUCAAAUCAAGUUCAAUAUGUAAAUCAAAAAAUGCUCUAAUUGCUGUAGGCGUUUUACUUAUGUUAGACAUAGCUCUUCAUGUUCAUAUGUUAACUCCAAUGUUUGGAAUGCUUAUACCUGACUUUUCGAUUGCAGCAUGUGGACCCACUCUUAACAAUCCUUCAUACUUUCAAUUCUAG